AUGGUCAUGGUAGAUGACAUAGCCGAAACUCUCAACACUAUGCAAGAUGUGAACAUGAAGCUAAACCCCGGAAAGUGCUGUUUCGGGGUAGAGGAAGGGAGUUUCCUGGGAGUAGUGGUCACCAAAGGAGGAAUCAAAGCUAACCCGGAAAAAACCCAGGCUGUAGCCGAAAUGCGAUCUCUCAGGUCCCUGAAGGAUAUCCAGCAGCUAAACGGGAGACUCAUAGCGUUAAACCGUUUUUUGUCUAAAGUAGCCGACAAGACUCUUCCCUUCAUGAAAGUGUUGAAAGACUGCCUCCAGACAAACAAGUUCAACUGGACCAUAGAGGCUGAGACUGCCUUCCAAGAAAUGAAAGCUUACAUCUGCAAGCUCCCGACGUUGGCCACCCCGGUACCCGGAGACCCGUUGCUCCUGUAUCUAACCGCCUCGAAAACGACCAUAAGUGCGGUUAUGAUGGUAGAACGGGAGGGGAGACAGAUCCCCAUAUAUUUCAUUAGCAGAACGCUUAAGGGGCCCGAGGAACGAUACAUGCCCCUGGAGAAACUCGCAUUAGCUCUUGUCUUCGCGUCUCGAAGACUCCGGAGGUAUUUCCAAGGGCACAAGGUUACCUUGAUGACCGAUCAACCCCUUCAGAAGAUACUCAGGAGGCCGGAGCUGUCAGGACGGUUGGCUAAAUGGGCUGUGGAGUUAGGGGAACACUCUCUGGAGUUUAAGCCCAGGACGGCCAUGAAGGGACAGAUACUGGCCGACUUCUUGGCAGAGGUCCCUGAGGACGAAGAGAAGGAACUAUUAAAAUGGGAAGCCUUAGAGAAAGAAGAAAGAGAGAAGGAAGACGAGGCGGUGUGGAAGUUACUCACCGACGGAGCAUCCAGUGAAGAAGGGAGUGGGGCAGGAAUCACACUGGUAAGCCCCGAGGGGGUCGAGCUGACGUAUGCCAUAAGGUUGGAUUUCGAGAACACCAACAAUACUGCAGAGUAUGAGGCCCUCCUAGCGGGGAUGAGGCUGGCACAAAAAAUGAAAGCAAGACACGUAGAGGCUAGCACUAAUUCACAACUGGUAGUGAAACAAUACCAAGGAGAAUAUGAAGCCAAAGAUGGCACCAUGGCCCAAUACGUGGCGAAAGUAAGAGAGAUGGCUAAGGCAUUCAAAACUUUCAAACUGGAGUAUAUCCCCCGUGGAAGAAACAGGAAAUCUGAUGCCCUCAGUAAGCUGGCCUCGGUAGCAUUCGACCAUCUCGCGAAAGAAAUCAAGGUGGAGGUCUUGACAUCUCCUUCCCUUAACGCAAAGGAGGUUGCUGCGAUUGAGGGUACUCAGGAAACAUGGAUGACACCAAUCAUUAAGUUCCUCCGGGACGGAAUUCUACCCGAGUGGGAACGGGCAGCCAGAAAGAUAAGGGUCAGAGCCCUACAAUAUGAACUAAUCGAGGGGGAGCUAUAUCGAAAAUCAUAUCUGGGCCCGUCCCUGAAGUGUGUUGACAUGGAAGAGGCUGAAUAUGUGGUUAGAGAAAUGCACGAGGGGAUUUGCGGAAUGCACUCGGGGCUAAGGACGAUAGUGAGAAAGGCAAUGAAUGCAGGAUUUUACUGGCCACGAAUGUAUGGGGUUCCAAAGGAGCUGGUGAGCGAUAACGGGGUCCAAUUUGCCGGAAGGCCUUUCAAACCAUGGUGCGAGCAGAUGCGGAUUCAACAAGUGUUUACCUCCAUCACCCAUGCCCAGAGUAACGGAUUGGUGGAGAGAGCUAACCAAAGCGUCAUCAAGGGAAUGAAAGGAAGGCUUGGAAGAAAACAAAAAGGCUGGCUGGAAGAACUUCCAUUUGUGCUAUGGCAUACAGAACCACUCCCAAAAGUUACAAUGGGGAGACCCCGUUCAGCCUUACCUACGGGACGGAAGUUGUCAUCCCCGCCGAGAUAG